AUGGCAUACUCCUCCCAAGUCUCCGGCCCCGUCCCAGGCGAUGACAUCUCCGUUUACGUGAACGGCACCACCCUCUCCUUCUCCGACGGCCAUAGCUACACAUUCAUCAAGAAGCCGCACCUGCUCGCCGAGGCACUGCGCCUCAAGGAAGAAAUUCCUCGGGGUGCAGACCCCACGCAAUUCCCCAUCUUCAACAACUGGCUCGCAAAGGUGGGCGACAAGGAGAUGGAAGCCAUCUGCCGGAAGCAGAUGUACGAAAAUGAACAAUUCCAAGAGCGUAAGUUCACCGCCCACCUCUAGAGUCUCGUUGGAACAGCAGCUAACAUUCUAUGCCUGCAGGAUUGUGGCAGCGCAACUACGCCUAUGGCAUGGGCAUGAACUCCUACCUCGCCUGGCAAGCAGACUCCAACGGAGUCUCCAAGCUCAUCACCAAGGAAGGCCUCCCAGGCACCGAAUGGGAGGAGAAGAACGAGAAGAAGCUCACGGAGCAUGAGCGGGCCACCACCGUGGAGGCGCUCAUUGGUGCCGUGGAAAUGGACAGCCGAAACGAGGUUGAGACCAUGGAGGUGAUGCGGCGUCUGGGCGUGUGGUGGCCUUGCACGGAGAAGGAGGAGGAGUUGAUCUGGGCCCAUCUGCAGCAGAUGAGGGACCUCGGUGUAAUUCCACGUAGAUAG